GACGAGAGCAUGAUUUAACUGCUUGUAUUUUAGUUUACAGCUUUAUUUCUCAACCUCGGUGACCUUGCGAUGGGUGGACUUCAAUUCCCAGAAUUCCCCAGCCGGCUGGAGAAUUCUGGGAGUUGAAGCCCACCCCUCUCAACAUCAACAACAUGGAGAAACCCUGAGUCAGAGAACAGACACCUUAAUACUUGUGAUAGCGCGCGAUCGGGUUUUUUUUGCGAAAAGGAAAGCCCUGACUGACUAUUCAUUUUAUAAAGAAGAGUGGCAGAGUUGACUUUCCGCGGUGGAGUUAAAACAAGUCACCAAUGCUGAACUGGUUGCAUCCUGCCCCGGAGAAGGUGGGGACCUCCUUCACCAAGCACCAAGGCCCAACGAGAGCGCAUCGCCCGAGGAGACUUUAUUUUGGGGAUACAUAUAUAUGUAUAUACUUUUAAGAAGAAUUCUUCCUCUUAUCACCAGAAAUGCUAACCAUAAAGUUGCCUGAAAUCUUCAGGGUCCAUCAAGUACCUCGGAUUUUCUGGGAAGAAGGCAUCGUGUCAGGAUACCGACACCCCAAAAGUUCUGCCUUGGAUUGCGUCCUCAGCUCCUUCCAACUGAACAACGAAACCGUCAAUAUUUGGACUCAUUUCCUUCCGACUUGGUAUUUCUUAUGGCGGUUUGUGAUGCUCUCCUCUCGCCUGGACUUCUGGAGUGACACCUACAGCUGGCCCUUCCUGGCCUACAUGGCGCUAGUCUGCCUCUAUCCCUUCGCUUCGAGCUGUGCUCACACCUUCAGCACCAUGUCCACCCAUGCGCGACACAUCUGCUAUUUCCUGGACUACAAUGCCCUCAGCCUCUACAGUUUGGGCUGUGCAUUCACAUAUGGCGCCUACGCGAUGCCGGAUCGUUGGGUCAACAGCCUGGGGCACCACUGGUUUGUCCCCAUGGCUGCUAUAAAUUCCUUUAUCUGCACCAGCCUUUCUUGUUAUUCUCGGUUCCUAGAGCUGGAGUGGCCCCGCUGGAGCAAGACCGCCCGGACAGCGGCCUUCGUCUACCCGUUCUUCUUCGACAACAUCCCGCUCUUCUUCAGGCUUUUGUUCUGUUUUGGCGAUGAUUGUACGUGGAAUGACUCCGUGGCCAGUUAUUUCUACCACCUUUUCUUUGCUUUGCUGACCGGCUUCCUCUUCGCGUCGCAUUUGCCGGAACGGCUGGCUCCCGGUCGCUUUGAUUUCAUCGGUCACAGCCACCAGCUGUUCCACAUCUGUGCCGUGGUGGGCACCCAUUUCCAGCUGGAAGCCAUCCUGGACGACAUGAACACUCGACGGACAUGGCUGAGCACUCACACCCCGCCGGCCAUGUUCACCCGUACCUUUGCCGUUCUGGGUGCCACCUUGCUGGGCAACCUCUUCCUCUUUGCCACCUUUGCCGUGGCCCUCUUCCGCUUGCCGGCGUCCAUCCGGAUCCUGCAGGGCAGCCUGGCCGAGUCGGAGGGAUCCAAGGAGAAGUAGCCGCUGGGGGUACCGUGGUGGCUGUUCUGGAAGGCCUGGCCCUGCCAGCUCACCAGUGAUGCCGUCAUACCUCAAGGUUGCCUGGCUGUGGAGGAAAAUGUAACCUGGUGGAGAUGGGGGGGGGUCCCCCUUAGUGCCGUUACCCCAAUCCUGAGCACCUGGACCGUAUGGUUAGCUUGGUGUCUCUCCACACCAGUGUCCUGGGUGCCUGAGUACAGGCAGUUCUCCCUGUACAGGUAGCCUCGACUUACAACGAUUCAUUUAGUGACCCUUCGUGUUACAACGGCACUGAAAAAAAAAUGACUUAGGGUUGUUUUUCACACGGGUGACCCUUCCAGCAUCCCCAGGGUCACGCGAUCAGAAUUCGGAGGUCUCGUAUUUGUGACGGUUGCAGUGUUCUGGGGUCACAGGACAAGCAGGUCAACGGGGAAGUCAGAUUCGCUUAACGAGCAUGCGACUUAACAACUGCACUGAUUCACUCAACAACAAGUGGCAAGAGGGACGUAAAAUGGGACAAAACUCACUUUAACAAACACCUCAUUUAGCGGCAUAAAUGUUGGGCUCCAAUUGUCGUCAGUUGAGGACUCCCCGGCUUGCCACGGUUCAUUUAGUGACCGUUCAAAGUUACAACGGCACUGAAAAAAAAGCGACUUACGGCCGUUUCUCAGAGUUACGACCUUUGCAGCAUCCCCAGGAUCAUUUGACGUCAUCUCGGAAAGCAACCAAAGCGAUGGUAGCAAACAGAAGCUGGAAGCUGCCACACCAGAUGGACCAAGGAUGUGGCUGGAUGGUUGAGGCAGGUUGUAGAGAAAUCUGGAAGAAAAAAACAUCUUCUGGUUGGCCUUCCCUUUGAUCUUUGGAUCAAGAGAGCCACAGUUGUCUAGAGGAGAUGAUGGCGUGGAGGUUUGAAGGCAUUCGGGCAGGCUAGUCUAGAGAGAAGAAGGACUAUGGGUGGCCUAAUAGCAGUAUUCCAGUAUUUGAGGGGCUACCACAAAGAAGGGGGGGGUCAAUUUAUUUUCCAAAGCACCUGAAGGAAAGACAAGAAGCA